UCAAGGAGGCAGAGUGGCAACCAGGCUGGAGCGCAGGAGAAUAAGCAUAGCAACAGGAUUUUAUUAAAAACAGGUGGCCAUGGAUGGUGUUUCGUUACGCGAAUGGGUUUGCUUAGUAUGCCUGAUGUUGGUCACCAUUCCGUGGGUCAACUGUGGCCUUGACGAGGUAAGGAAGGAAGACCCACGAGUGGUAUCGGAAGUUUUGGAACUAUCCGGCAUUGAAAAGUGUCCUCGCAUGAUGCAUUACGUGUUUGAAGGAUAUGCACCGAUUGGUAAUAAAAACGCCGGAAACUUUACCGAAAAUUCGAAGGCAACCACGCUGGAAGAAUGUGUGCGGGACUGCUGCGUGAAGGGGCCGAACUGCCACACUGCUUUCAUAUUUAACCAGACGUGUUAUCAUGUUAAGUGUAUCAGCAAUGAUUUGUGCCUUCCGGCGAAAAAGGAAACAUCCUCCACGUUGCGCAUGGUGCUGGUAAAUCCGAUCGAGGAUGGCUCACUAGUAGAAGCGAGCUGGUGGGAGGUGUUGAAGAAAGCACAGGAGAAGCGACUGCUAGCGAAUGGAGCAGUUUCACCGGUACGGAUAUCGGAGGACGAAGGAGAGGAAAACUUGUUGGGCAAGCAGACGGAAAUGUAUAACCUUGCGAACGGGGUACCGAGGGUACGCAGUGAUGAGAAGUAUGGACUCCCAUCGGUGGAGGAUAUUUAUCGGGGUCCGUACAAAUCGCUUGACUACGGUACACCUGGCGCAGGAUUUGAAAAAUAUGCCAACAACUACAUUCGCGAUCAGUACGACGAAGUAGCGGAAGAGAGCAAAUAUUAUUCCGAGUCAAAAGCGCUCGGUUCGAUGCGACCGUGUGAUGCGGCGCGCGAAGAUUCAUGCCCACGGGACGAAGUAUGUUUACGUGUUGUUCCCAACAUGCGGAACGGAAUAUGCACCUGUCCGGAAGGAUUCGAACGAAGCGAAAAAGAUGUUUGUCUCUCGAAAGAACAGCAAGGGGAACGGCACCAGCAGCAACAGGAGCGAGUAGUCCCGCAGAUGUUAUCCGCCCAGAAGCUAACAAUGGGUAUGGGGAACGAGGAUACGGAAGUGGAACCUCCUCAGUCACCGAUACGUUCGAGCACCACGAAAGAACUCACUGUUUCGGUCGCUUCCAAGGAUGUCCGGUUACCGACCAACGAAGCAACACUGUCGGCAUACGUAAUACCGGACGAAAAGACGAGCGGAGACAAGUACAACUACCUGUGGACGUUGGUUUCGCAACCGAAAGGUGACAGUAACAGCACGAUAGCAGAUCAGACAAAAUCGAUCGCUAAAUUGUCCGGGCUGGCGGAAGGAUUGUAUCAGUUCAAGGUAACGGUCAGUGGUCAGAACGGUUCGUAUGGUGAAGCGUUCAUGAACAUUACCGUACUGCCGGAGCAGAAAAUUAACAAACCUCCGCGAGCAGUAAUAACGCCAGCUAAUCAACCGGUACGAUUGCCCAAUCAUGAAGCAAUCCUCGAUGGUAGUGCAUCAAGUGACGAUGUAAAAAUUAUUCGCUGGCAGUGGGUUUUAGCGCAGGGGCCGCUCGGUUAUCAACCCGAGCUGCCCGAAGUGAGCACGCUCCAGCUGAAGGAUCUUACGAUCGCUGGCAACUAUACGUUCAAUCUGACCGUUGUGGACGAGCAGGGACUGAGCAAUAGUACGACGGCCAUCAUACAGGUGCUGAAGGAGAUCGAUUACCCCCCGGAAGCGAAUGCAGGCAAGAACGUAAUUCUUUACUUACCGAACAAUAACGUCACACUGAAUGGGUCACUGUCGAAGGACGACAAUGGAAUCGUGGCUUGGGAAUGGACUAAGAUCAGUACUAACCAAUCGAAGGCAGUCGAUAUGCAGAAUACGAGGACACCGUUUCUGCAACUGUCCAACCUAGAGGAGGGUGUGUACGCGUUCGAGUUGAAGGUGACGGAUGCAAAGAACCAAAGUUCCACAUCGAUGGUGCACGUGUUCGUGAAACCACCAACAAACCGUCCACCGAUGGCGAAGGCAGGAGUAAACGGUACCACGAUCUAUCUGCCCCAAACCUGGGUUGCGCUCAAUGGGAGUGAAUCGAGCGAUGAUAUUAAGAUCAGCACAUACUACUGGCAGCAGAUAUCUGGACCGAAUACAGCGUUGAUUGAGAAUGCGAAUGCUUCCAUAGCGAAUGCAACCGCAAUGACGAUAGGUGACUACGUGUUCGAGCUGAUCGUUUCGGACGAAGCGAACAACAAUGCAAGCGACCGUGUUCGCAUUACGGUGGUCCAAGAAAAGAAUACAGCCCCGAUAGCAAAUGCAGGUGGCGAUCAGACGGUAACACUGCCUACGAACGUACUUGUACUGAAUGGUAGUCGAUCGAGUGACGAUCUUGGCAUCGCGCGGUACAGUUGGACGCGAGAACCGAGCAGUUUAGCGUUGGGCACUAUAAUCGGUGAUAGUGAUAACAAGCCGGUUCUGAUGUUAACGAACAUCGUCACUGGACGGUACGUGUUUAAGUUGACUGUAUACGAUGGGCAAGGCCUGUCCGCAUCUGAUACCGUGAGUAUCAUAGUACAUCCCGAUCCGUUGCUCAUGAGCUUGGUUGAAGUAACGAUUACAACCGAAGCGACCGUGCUAACUGCAACGGAGUUGGAUUCGAUCGAACAAAAGCUUACUCUGCUCAUUGGUGACAAUAUGGCAAAAUUACACGUUAGAGAACUGAAAGUGGAACCAAAAACCGGGCAGGUGGUAAUUGUAUUUUACGUGGAGAAAAAAAACGGUCUCGAGGAAAAGGAUACCCUGGGGCUGAUGCCAGCGCUCGAAGUUGAGCGAAUACUGAAGGAAAAGUUUUGGCGUGACUAUACGAUACUGGGAACGUCGGUAAUCGGCAUACGCACUACCGUAUGCCAGAACGAUUGCUCCGGACAUGGGGUUUGUAAUGCGGAAACACGCGAAUGCAUCUGCCAAAGCUUUUGGAUGCCGGAUAUAUUUUAUUUCUGGGGUAUUGCUGAGGCAAACUGUGAUUGGUCCAUACUGUACGUGAUUGUUGGUGUACUGAUAGUGUUUUUUGUGCUAUCCGGAAUCUGCUGGGGUAUUACCUGCUUUUGCCGACGGUCGGCGAAACCACGCACGAGACCAAAGCCGCAAAAAUAUUCGCUGUUGCAAACGCACGACGAAGAAUUGCCUUCAUUUAAUCGCGCGGGAACAACCAUUUCCGACAGCGAAACCGAUUCGGACGUGCUGUUCGAGAGCCGUUCACGACAAAACGGUCUCUUGCCGGGGCGAUCCGGUAACGGGGGUUUGCCGAACGGUGAGCUAAGAAACGGUGCUGGCGGUCACCCUAAGUACGGUGUUACGCGCCUGGGACGACGCAUAAAAGCUUAAGCUCGAGAAAGUACGUAAACGGACCACAAAUAGUCAGGUCAAUCGCGAGAAAUGUCGAUCGCGUCCGAAGAGUCGAUAACUAUUACAGUGCCACCGCUGGGAAAUGAUGCUAGAAACCUGGUGCGUUGGAUACAGCUAGUCCGAAGAAAUUUCUUUACCAAUACGUUCCUAAUGCGCUUGUAGUGAUUUUGUAGUAUGUAUAACGAACAUUAAUUUGAGUAGGCACUUUCUACAAAAAAAAACUUUCCAUUCCAUGUUCAACACUUUUGUUGUUCCUGUUAAUAUAUUUUUUUCUGUUAGUUAAGGUCGAAUUUAUCCUUACCUGUCUUCGCAUUCCUGCAUGCUAGUAUGGUACGUGCUUCAUGAAAUAUAUGUAAUUGUAAUAACCUAAUGUGAUUCACAAGCCAUCGAACUUAUCAAGAAAGUAUCGGAAUGCAACAUGUGUACGAUUAACAAGAAGAAAGAUAUCAUAAUUUACCAGCACGAUACAUAAACUUUGUUCCUUUCUUAUGAAUGGUUGCAUUUAUCGUAGCGAGAGAGUAGGUGAGCAUUUUUAAUUAAUCCUACCACUGUUUUGCGAUACACCCACGCCAUCACAGGAAAUAUGUAAGUUUGAAGGGUUUGCUUGUGAGUGUUGUUCCUUUUUUUAAAUGUAUUCCAUCAUAACAUAUUCCGUACCUUUAGUAAGAGCGACAACACAACACAAAAUACGCACACAUUGUAUCUGGGGCGUGCAAUUGUAAAGAUGAAAAGAAAAGUAUUAAUACAUAAGAAUAACGCCGUACCCGUACCAAACCGGGCUGUGAGCAAAAGGCGCCACACACAACCAAAUCAGAUGAUUGGGCGAUGCGUAGAGAUGCGUAGCGAGGGAGCAUUAGAGGUAUUUGCCCGAACUCCGGGGAUCAGUCGGUGUAGUGGUCAGUAUUAAAAUUGGUAACAAAGCGAUCGAACUGGCGUCUGACCGUUUCGGAAAUGCAGUAAUGAUGUACUUAUGUGUCGUCUGUCAUUUGGGUAUAAGGAGUGAAGGACAUUGCGAUAAAGGAUAAUAAAGGACGAGA